AUGGGCGUCCCUAGCACCAGUGCGCCUGUCAAUGGCCACGGCAGCUCAAAUGCCGCCAAAUACGACAUUCCCUCACAUUUCAUCGGUGGCAACCGACUUGACCUAGCUCCCCCCAGCAGUGUCAAGGAUUUUGUCGCCAACCAUGGCGGUCACUCCGUUAUCACUUCGGUCCUGAUUGCCAACAACGGUAUCGCCGCCGUGAAGGAGAUUCGAUCGGUCCGGAAAUGGGCCUACGAGACGUUUGGCAAUGAGCGCGCCAUCCAGUUCACCGUGAUGGCCACCCCGGAGGAUCUGCGCGCCAAUGCCGACUACAUUCGCAUGGCCGAUCAAUACGUCGAAGUCCCCGGUGGAACUAAUAAUAAUAACUAUGCCAACGUCGAGCUGAUCGUCGACGUGGCGGAGCGUAUGGACGUCCACGCCGUGUGGGCUGGUUGGGGUCACGCCUCCGAGAACCCUCGGCUACCCGAGUCAUUGGCUGCGUCGCCGAAGAAGAUCAUUUUCAUCGGUCCCCCCGCCUCGGCGAUGCGCUCGCUGGGUGACAAGAUUUCUUCCACCAUUGUCGCCCAGCAUGCCGGGGUGCCCUGUAUCCCCUGGUCCGGUACCGGUGUCGACGAUGUCCUGAUCGACGACAAGGGCAUUGUCACCGUGGAGGAUGAGGUCUACAACCGUGGUUGCACCCAUUCGCCCGCCGAGGGUCUCGUCAAGGCCAAGGAGAUCGGCUUCCCCGUCAUGAUCAAGGCCUCCGAGGGUGGUGGUGGCAAGGGUAUCCGUAAGGUCGAGCGCGAGGAGGACUUUGAAUCCCUCUACAAUGCCGCCGCCAACGAGAUCCCCGGUUCGCCCAUUUUCAUUAUGAAGCUGGCUGGCAAUGCCCGCCAUCUGGAGGUGCAGCUGCUGGCUGAUCAGUACGGUAACAACAUCUCCCUCUUCGGCCGUGAUUGUUCUGUCCAGCGUCGUCACCAGAAGAUCAUUGAGGAGGCUCCCGUCACCAUCGCCAAGCCCAUCACCUUCCAGGCCAUGGAGAAGGCGGCCGUCAGCCUGGGUCGUCUGGUCGGUUACGUGUCCGCGGGUACCGUCGAAUACCUGUACUCCCACGCCGAUGACAAGUUCUACUUCCUCGAGCUGAACCCCCGUCUUCAGGUGGAGCACCCGACCACCGAGAUGGUGUCCGGUGUGAACUUGCCCGCUGCUCAGCUUCAGAUUGCCAUGGGUAUCCCCUUGCACCAGAUCCGUGACAUUCGUCUGCUCUACGGUGUCGACCCCAACACCACCUCGGAAAUUGACUUUGACUUCUCCAGCGAGGAGAGCUUCAAGAUCCAGCGUCGUCCCCAGCCCAAGGGUCACACUACCGCCUGCCGUAUCACGUCCGAGGACCCCGGCGAGGGCUUCAAGCCAUCCAGCGGUACUAUGCACGAGCUGAACUUCCGUAGUUCGUCCAAUGUCUGGGGUUACUUCUCCGUCGGUACUGCCGGUGGUAUUCACAGUUUCUCUGACUCCCAGUUCGGUCACAUUUUCGCCUACGGUGAGAACCGUUCUGCCUCGCGAAAGCACAUGGUUGUCGCCUUGAAGGAGCUGAGCAUUCGUGGUGACUUCCGGACCACCGUCGAGUACCUGAUCAAGCUGCUCGAAACUCCGGCUUUCGAGGACAACACCAUCACCACUGGCUGGUUGGAUCAGCUGAUCUCCAACAAGCUGACCGCCGAGCGCCCUGACCCGAUUGUCGCCGUCAUCUGUGGUGCCGUCACCAAGGCCCAUCUCUCUAGCGAGGAGGGUGUUGAGGAGUACCGCAAGGGCCUGGAGAAGGGUCAAGUCCCCUCCAAGGAUAUUUUGAAGACCGUCUUCCCGGUGGACUUCAUCUACGAGGGCUCUCGUUACAAGUUCACCGCCACUCGUGCUAGUCUGGACAGCUACCACCUGUUCAUCAACGGCUCCAAGUGCUCCGUCGGCGUCCGUGCUCUGGCGGACGGUGGUCUGCUGGUUCUUCUCAAUGGUCGCAGCCACAACGUCUACUGGAAGGAGGAGCCUGCUGCCACUCGUCUGAGUGUGGAUGGUAAGACUUGCCUUCUUGAACAGGAGAACGACCCCACUCAGCUGCGCUCUCCCUCCCCCGGUAAGCUGGUCAAGUUCACCGUCGAGAACGGCGAACAUGUCCGUGCCGGCCAGGCCUACGCUGAGGUUGAGGUCAUGAAGAUGUACAUGCCUCUUAUCGCCCAGGAAGACGGUAUCGUUCAGCUCAUCAAGCAGCCCGGCGCUACCCUUGAGGCGGGUGACAUCCUUGGUAUCCUUGCUCUGGAUGACCCGUCGCGUGUCAAGCAUGCCCACCCCUUCACUGGCCAGCUGCCCGAAAUUGGCGCUCCCGUCGUCGUCGGUAACAAGCCCCCGCAGCGCUUCUUCUUGCUUCACAGCAUUCUGGAGAACAUUCUCCGUGGUUUCGACAACCAGGUUAUCAUGGGUGCUACCCUGAAGGAGCUGGUUGAGGUCCUCCGGAACCCCGAUCUCCCCUACGGUGAAUGGAACGCCCAGUCCUCAGCGCUGCACUCGCGUAUGCCCCAGAAGCUGGAUUCUCUGCUGCAGAACGUGGUUGACAAGGCCAAGACUCGCAAGGCUGAGUUCCCUGCCAAGCAGCUCCAGAAGACCAUUGUUCGCUUCAUCGAAGAGAAUGUCAACCCCGCCGAUGCUGAGAUCCUCAAGACCACUCUCUCGCCGCUGGUUCAGGUCAUCAACAAGUACCUGGAUGGCCUGAAGGUCAACGAGUACAACGUCUUCAUCGGUCUGUUGGAGCAGUACUACGAAGUCGAGAAGCUCUUCAGCACUGGCAUCAAGCGUGAUGAGGAUGUCAUACUGAAGCUCCGUGAGGAGAACAAGGAGGAUGUUUCUGGCGUUGUGCACACCGUUCUCUCCCACAGCCGUAUCGGCUCCAAGAACAACCUGGUUCUGGCCAUCCUGGACAUGUAUCGCCCCAACCAGCCCAACGUUGAGAACGUCGGCAAGUACUUCAAGCCUGUCCUGAAGAAAUUGACUGAGCUGGAGGCCCGCGCCGCCGCCAAGGUCACUCUCAAGGCCCGUGAGGUUCUCAUUCAGUGUGCCCUGCCCUCUCUGGAUGAGCGUCUAUCCCAGAUGGAGCACAUCCUGCGCUCUUCGGUCAUCGAAUCCCGCUACGGUGAGACUGGCUGGGAGCACCGUGAACCCGACUUCGGUGUCUUGAAGGAGGUCGUUGAUUCCAAGUUCACUGUAUUCGACGUGCUGCCUCGCUUCUUCAUCCACCAGGACCCCUGGGUUACUCUCGCUGCGCUGGAGGUCUAUGUCCGUCGUGCCUACCGUGCCUACACUCUCAAGGGCAUUGACUACACUGCCUCCGCCGAGACGCCCUUCCUGUCGUGGGACUUCACCCUCGGCAAGUUGGGCCAGCCUGAAUUCGGCUCUGUCUCCUCGACUCACCCCUCGACCCCGAGCACCCCGACUGCCGAGACCAACCCCUACAAGCGGAUCAACUCGAUCAGCGACAUGUCCUACUUGGUCAACGACCCGGCUAGCGACCCCAUUCGCAAGGGUGUGAUCAUCCCCAUCCAGUACCUGGAGGACGCCGAGGAGCACCUGUCUCGUGCUCUGGAGGCCUUCCCCCGUGCUGGCUCUAAGGCUAAGGGCGCCGGUGAUGGCCUGAUUGCCAAUUUGGAGGGCAAGCGUCGUCCUGCCGUCAAGACCGAGAGCGAGGAGCUUACUGGCGUCCUGAACAUCGCCAUCCGUGAUAUUGAGGACCAGGAUGACUCCCAGAUCGUCGGCCAGAUGCAGAAGCUGCUCAUUGACGCUCGUGAGGAGUUGCAAGCUCGCCGCAUCCGUCGUGUCACUUUCAUCUGCGGUAAGAACGGUGUCUACCCCGGCUACUUCACCUUCCGUGGCCCCGCCUACGAGGAGGAUGAGAGUAUCCGUCACAGCGAGCCCGCUCUGGCUUUCCAGCUUGAGCUGGGACGCCUGUCCAAGUUUAAGAUCAACCCGGUCUUCACCGAGAACCGCAACAUCCACGUCUACGAGGCGAUUGGCAAGGGCCCCGAAAAUGACAAGGCCGUUGACAAGCGUUACUUCGUUCGCGCGGUGGUGCGCCCCGGCCGUCUCCGUGAUGAUAUUCCUACCGCCGAGUACCUGAUUUCGGAGGCUGACCGCUUGAUGAACGAUAUUCUGGAUGCCCUGGAGAUUAUCGGCAACAACAACUCCGAUCUCAACCACAUCUUCAUCAACUUCUCCCCCGUCUUCAACCUGCAGCCCAUCGAUGUCGAGCAGGCCCUCGCCGGCUUCCUCGACCGCUUCGGUCGCCGUCUGUGGCGUCUGCGUGUUACCGGCGCUGAGAUUCGCAUUCUGUGCACCGAUCCUACCACCGGCAUGCCCUACCCGCUCCGUGUCAUUAUCAGCAACACCUACGGAUUCAUCAUCCAGGUUGAGCUGUACAUUGAGCGCAAGUCCGAGAAGGGCGAGUGGAUCUUCCAGAGCAUUGGCGGUACCACCAAGCUCGGCUCCAUGCACAUGCGUCCUGUCUCGACCCCCUACCCGACAAAGGAGUGGCUGCAGCCCAAGCGUUACAAGGCUCACCUUAUGGGUACGCAGUACGUGUAUGACUUCCCGGAGCUGUUCCGCCAGGCCUUCCAGAACAGCUGGACCAAGGCUGUUCAGUCAAUCCCGUCCCUCAGCUCCCAGCGCCCUCCUGUUGGCGAGUGCAUCGACUACAGUGAGCUCGUGCUCGACGACACCGACAACCUGGUUGAAGUUUCUCGCGAGCCCGGCACCAACACCCACGGUAUGGUUGGCUGGAUCGUCACUGCUCGCACCCCCGAGUACCCGCGUGGCCGCCGAUUCAUCAUCGUCGCCAACGACAUCACCUUCCAGAUCGGUUCCUUCGGUCCCCAGGAAGACAAGUUCUUCCACAAGUGCACUGAGCUCGCUCGCAAGCUGGGUAUCCCGCGUAUCUAUCUGUCUGCCAACUCCGGUGCCCGUAUCGGUAUGGCCGAGGAGCUAAUUCCCUACUUCUCCGUCGCCUGGAACGACGCCGCGAAGCCGGAGGCUGGCUUCAAGUACCUCUACCUCACCCCUGAGGUCAAGAAGCGCUUCGAUGCCAGCAAGAAGAAGGAGGUCCUCACCGAGCUCAUCCAUGAUGAGGGCGAGGAACGCCACAAGAUCACCACUGUCAUUGGUGCCAAGGACGGUCUCGGUGUCGAGUGUCUGAAGGGAUCUGGUCUCAUCGCUGGUGCUACCUCCAAGGCCUACGAGGACAUCUUCACCAUCACUCUGGUCACCUGCCGCUCCGUCGGUAUUGGUGCUUACCUUGUUCGUCUGGGCCAGCGUGCUAUCCAGGUCGAGGGCCAGCCGAUUAUUCUGACUGGUGCUCCCGCCAUCAACAAGCUGCUUGGUCGCGAGGUGUACACCUCCAACCUGCAGCUCGGUGGCACCCAGAUCAUGUACAAGAACGGUGUCUCGCACAUGACCGCCAACGACGACUUCGAGGGUGUCCAGAAGAUUGUCGAGUGGAUGUCUUUCGUUCCCGAUAAGAAGGGUGCUCCUAUUCCUAUCCGCUCCUGGUCUGACGACUGGGACCGCGACAUCGCCUACUACCCGCCCGCCAAGCAGACCUACGAUGUCCGCUGGCUCAUUGGUGGUAAGCAGGAAGAGGAGGGCUUCCUGCCCGGUCUGUUCGACAAGGACUCCUUCGAGGAGGCUCUUGGCGGCUGGGCCCGCACCGUCGUGGUCGGCCGUGCCCGUCUUGGUGGUAUCCCCAUGGGUGUGAUUGCUGUCGAGACUCGCUCUGUCGAGAACGUCACCCCCGCCGAUCCUGCCAACCCUGACUCUAUGGAGAUGAUCAGCCAAGAGGCCGGUGGUGUCUGGUACCCCAACUCCGCGUUCAAGACCGCUCAGGCUCUCCGUGAUUUCAACAACGGUGAGCAGCUGCCCGUGAUGAUCCUGGCCAACUGGCGUGGUUUCUCUGGUGGCCAGCGUGAUAUGUACAACGAGGUCCUGAAGUAUGGUUCGUACAUCGUCGACGCUCUCGUCAAGUACGAGCAGCCCGUCUUUGUGUACAUUCCUCCCUUCGGCGAGCUGCGUGGUGGCUCCUGGGUUGUCAUCGACCCCACCAUCAACCCCGACCAGAUGGAGAUGUACGCGGACGAGGACGCCCGCGGUGGUGUCCUCGAGCCCGAGGGUAUCGUCAACAUCAAGUACCGCCGGGACAAGCAACUCGACACCAUGGCCCGCCUGGACGCGACCUACGGCGAGCUGCGCCGCUCUCUGGAAGACACCAGCCUCAGCAAGGAGCAGCUCUCCGCCAUCAAGGCCAAGAUGGCCGAGCGCGAGGAGCAGCUUCUGCCCGUCUACCUCCAGAUUGCCCUGCAGUUCGCGGACCUGCACGACCGCGCCGGCCGCAUGCAGGCCAAGAACACCAUCCGCGCCCCGCUGCGCUGGCAAAACGCCCGUCGCUUCUUCUACUGGCGUCUGCGCCGCCGCUUGAGCGAGCAGCUCAUCGUCAAGCGCAUGGUCACUGCUGCCCCCAACCCGUCCCCGCGCUCCGGUGCCCCUGGCGCCAUCCCCGCCGCCGCCGCCGCGUCCACCCACACCACUCCGGAGUCCGCUAGCGCGGUGCACCUGCGCACCCUGCACGCCUGGACCGGCAUGCUGGACGACGAGCUCGAACAUGACGACCGCAAGGUUGCCACCUGGUACGAGGAGAACAAGAAGGCCGUCCAGACCAAGGUCGAGGCCCUGCGCACCGAGGGCGUCGCCUCUGAGGUUGCCCAGCUGCUUAUCGGCAACAAGGAGGGCGGUCUGCGUGGUGUCCAGCAGGUGCUGUCUAUGCUGCCUGUCGAGGAGCGCGAGUCUGUGCUCAAGUACCUUGGCUCGGCGUGA